AUGAGCCAAUCAAUAGACAUAUCUGAGUCAAUUACCUAUCCCAAGUGGUUCGGGGGUUCUGCAUCAUGCAUGGCAGUCCUUGUCUCUCACCCUUUGGACCUGAUCAAGAUCAGAAUGCAAAUGGAGCAGGGUAGUGUUAAGGCUGGGACACUCAAUACCUGGAUUCGAAUCGUUCGGGGAGAGGGCGUACUUGCACUUUAUAAUGGGCUAUCAGCAGGGUUCAUGCGACAGCUAACAUAUGGCUCUGUCCGCAUCGGCCUAUACGAGAGACUAAAAGAACAAACCAAAGCGAACAACAUUCCCACCUCACCACCAGUCCUUGGCCUCUUAGCUGGAAUCUCUGGAUUUAUUGGCGCAAUCUUCGGUAACUCCUCAGAUAUCGGCAAUAUCCGUAUGCAAAAUGACGGUUCACUGCCUCCUCAUCUUCGUCGCAAUUACCGGCAUAUAUUCGAUGCGUGGAGGCAGAUCAAGCGCCAGGAGGGAUGGACGGCCUUUGGACAGGGACUGUGGCCGAAUGCCUUUCGCUGUGGUGUGAUGACCAGCUGCCAGCUUGCAUCAUAUGAUACCUUUAGUGAUCUAAUAGUGGCAACCACUGGGAUUCAUAACGAUCAUCCUGGUUUGCAUUUGUCAGCAUCUUUCUUGGCCGCGCUAGUUGCUACGACACUGUGCAGUCCGAUUGAUGUAGUUAAGACUCAGUUAAUGGGGUCUUCAAGCAAGCAAGGGAUACUGCAUGUGGUAAAGGUUCUUACAACGGCAGGGGGAAUGAGAUGGGUCUUUCGAGGGUGGACGCCCGGUUUUGUUCGGCUGGGACCACAGACUAUGGCAACGCUGAUUCUUUUGGAGCAGCACAAGCGGUUAUAUAGGGAUUUCAAAGAGAAGACAAAUACUCAGAAAAUCUCCCUAUGA